UGACUGGAGGAGUUGGGACUGCAGACACUGCAGUGUUGUGGAAGACGGUGUGAGUGUUUGUGUCCGUGUCUGUGUCUGUGUGCGUGCCGGUGCGGGUGUGCACGUGCCUGGGCGGACUCCAGCUGUAAUGGUGCCCCGUGUGUGUGACUGCGCUGACCGCAACAGUCAUCCUGUCCACAGAGGAGACUUUCUCAGCGUGCAGAUGGUGUGAGCAGUCAGGGGAAAAGUUUCUAACAGCUCGUCUGAGCCUCAGCUAACUCAAUCCACUCUGCGCACACACACACACACACACACACACGCUGUGCCAAUCCAGGAGAGGAGCAACAACAACAGCAGCAGCAGCAGCUGAGCAUGAGGACAACUUCAGCUUGUGUCUGAGCGGGAUUUCACUUGUACUUGAUUGAUUACCUGUCGCUGGACUGGAUGCGGUAGCUGAGCAUCACAUAUCAGAGCUGUGCAAUUCAACAGGGCUGUUUAUUUGAAAGGUUGGAGUUGCUGUAAUGGAUGACCAGUGUGUGUCUCACAGCAGUCCUCAACGCAGCGGAGGUCAUGUCGGUAUUGAGAGUCAGAGGUCAAAUGUCAUCAGGUGCGGGUGGCUCCGGAAGCAAGGUGGUUUUGUAAAAACGUGGCACAGUCGGUGGUUUGUGCUGAGAGGGGAUCAGCUCUACUACUACAAAGACGAGGAGGAGACUAAAGCUCUGGGAGCCAUUUUUUUACGUGGAAACAAAGUUACCGAGCAUCCAACCAGCGGCGAUGAAGGGGGAAAAUUUCUUUUCGAGGUCAUUCCAGGGGGAGACAGAGAGCGGAUGACAGCCAACCAUGAGACCUACCUUCUUAUGGCCAGCACCCAGAAUGACAUGGAAGACUGGGUGAAGACAAUCCGGAGGGUCAUCUGGGCACCUUUUGGUGGAGGGAUCUUUGGUCAGAAGCUGGAGGAGACCGUACGGUAUGAACGGCGGUUUGGGAACAAGCUUGCCCCUAUGCUGGUAGAGCAGUGUGUGGAUUUCAUUCGGCAGAGGGGCCUUCAGGAAGAGGGCCUUUUCAGGCUGCCAGGACAGGCCAACCUGGUCAAAGAGCUGCAGGAUGCCUUUGACUGUGGAGAGAAACCAUCUUUUGAUUGUAACACAGACGUGCACACAGUAGCUUCUCUGCUGAAACUGUAUCUCAGAGAGCUGCCUGAGCCCGUCAUCCCCUUCCAGAAGUAUGAUGAGUUCUUGUCCUGUGCCAAGCUCCUGGGCAAAGAUGAUGAAAUGGGUAUGAAGGAAUUGAGAAGGCUUGUAGAAAGUCUACCUCCAGUGAACUACAACCUCCUUAAGUACAUCUGCAGGUUCCUUGAUGAAGUCCAGUCAUAUUCAGGGGUGAAUAAAAUGAGCGUCCAAAACUUGGCCACAGUCUUUGGGCCAAAUAUCUUGAGGCCAAAAGUUGAGGAUCCAGUAGCAAUUAUGGAAGGUACUGUUCUGGUCCAGCAGCUCAUGGCUGUUUUGAUUGGUCACCACGAUGUGCUUUUCCCCCAAAAUGAAGACAGCCCGACAGCCCUAGAGCUUGUCAACAACAACAACAUUGAACAGCCGCGUCGGCAAGUCACUACAUCUACCUCGGGCGUCACUACGGUGUCUCAGAAUGCUGAGAACAACAACACACAUGUGGUGCGGCACUGUGUUUGGGAAAGCCCUGAGUCUCCUUCACAUCGCCAGCACGCAGACAACAGUGGCUCCCCUCGAUCAGCAAGCCCUCGUAAUGGUGUCAUAGGACGCUUUGACCUCACUCGCAGUCCACCGCUGACUGUUAAAAAGAAUCCAGCUUUCAGUAAAGGCAGUGGCAUUGUUACUAACGGAUCCUUCAGCUCCUCACCUUCUUCAGAUCCCAAUCAAGAAAAGAGCCAGUCCGGAGGUGGGAGUUUACCAGUGCGUCGUAGUGGCACGCUCAAAGGCUCAGGGACAAAAAUGGGCACCAGUGGCGUGACGAGUGGAAGCAGCACUACAGGGAAUGGGACUGGAGUUGUGCGCAUGGGCAUUCAUGGGACUGACACGGUCACCGGGAGUCUGAACAGUCGCAAUAGCCUUUGGCAAUCAAAUGGCUGUGUAAUGUUGCGGGAGAGCAACAAAACACGUGACUGCUCCGGAGGAGAUCAAACAACCAAUCAGAAUCGUCUGUCCACAUAUGAUAAUGUGCAGUUAAACCAUCAAAACCUCCAACAGCAGAACCAGAUCACCAACACAUGUCUGAACACCAGCUGUGAGGACAAGCAAAGUGUGGACAGCGCCACCUGGUCCACUUCCUCCUGUGAAAUCUCCCUCCCUGACAACUCCACUUCCUGUCGCUCCUCCACAACUACCUGCCCAGAGCAGGACUUCUAUGGAGGGCACUAUGAAGACUUGGAUGGACCAGCACAGGAUGGCGAGCCUCCCCGGUGUGGCGAAGGUGAAGGAGAGGGCAGAAAUGGUAACAGAGAAGGAAGUGGCGAUGGAGUUGAGAGGAGCAGUCGGGGCACGAGCAGUAGUGAUAACAGUGAUGGUUUCCCUGUUGGUAAUGGACCUGGCAGCCACAGCGCUCUGCACAGUCUAGUGGCCAGUCUUAAACAGGAAAUGCACAAGCAGAAGACUGAGUAUGAGGCCAGGAUAAAAAGUUUGGAGCAGCGUAAUUUGGAGCUGGAGACAGAAAUGGUGAACCUGCACGAGGAACUGGACCAGGAGAGGAAGAAGUACACCAUGGCGGAGAUCAAGCUGCGCAACGCUGAGCGUGCCAAGGAUGAUGCUGAGCGCCGAAAUCAGAUGCUACAGAAAGAGAUGGAACAAUUUUUCUCCACAUUUAGUGACCUCACUGCAACUGGCAACGCCGCAGCCACCGAUCCCCGCCGACCAGAGCGAAACAACACCAUCUGGAUACAGUGAAGGAAGGCUGAGAGAUGCCAGCCAAGACUGGAACUGGUUUAUUAUAAUGAUGUGAAUUUUAUAGGGACUCCAAACAGGAUUUGGCUGCUGAUUGAAGGAGGGAAAACUUAUUGCAAAGGGUAAUGGCAUGUUUUAAUUUAAGAAAUAGGUGAUAUAGGGCUAAUGUAAGCCAGCUUUAUAGACAUCACCUGGAGUGAUGCCAGAGUGACAUUAUCUGUAUAUAUCCUUAUUUAAACAGACUGCUCAUGGACACACUCCAGUCUCCCAGAAGUGGUUGGAGUGCUCACUCGUCUGGCUGGGGAAUGGAGCAAAGGGACAGUACACCAUAGUCUAUGAAAACAUAUGGUACUACCAUUUCAUGUUAGCUCAUAGAUAGAAGGGAAGGCAAAAUGUAAACAAAAAAAAGAGAAAAGACCAUACCAAACUCCUCCUUUUUAUUCAUUUUUACCAUCUAACCAAAAAACACCUGUGUAAUUCUGCAUCUGCUCAUGUACAUGGAUGAAAACCAUGCAGUCAUGUUGUAAAGAGAAUUAAAAAUGACACUUCAAUGUUUUCCUGAUAUUUAAGAAAAGUUAUC